UGCUAUUCAUUGUGUAAAUGGAUAAGGACCCAGUGGCUAUGGCAUUUGGGCUCUAUUAGAUUAUUACUGGGCUCUAUUAGCUUCUAUUGCGGUGAAAACGAAGUGCAAGGCGGAGAAAGGUGGUGGCAAUGGGCGGCCUGAAAGCGGUGGCUAUCAUCUCCGGCGACCAUAACGUCAAAGGCUCUCUACAAUUCAUCCAGCAAUCCGAUGGGGCAACCUACGUGAGAGGAAAAAUAUCAGGGCUCACUCCGGGGCUUCACGGCUUCCAUAUUCAUUCUUUCGGUGACACCACCAACGGCUGCAAUUCCACUGGACCUCACUUUAAUCCCUAUAAGAAGGAUCAUGGAGCUCCCAAUCAUGAAGAGCGGCAUGCUGGUGAUUUAGGCAACAUUGUUGCUGGCCCUGAUGGGGUUGCUGAGGUUUCGGUUCUGGAUAUGCAGAUUCCUCUAACGGGUGCAAACUCUAUUUUGGGAAGAGCAGUAGUCGUUCACGCUGAUCCUGAUGAUCUAGGAAGAGGUGGGCAUGAGCUUAGUAAGACAACUGGGAAUGCAGGUGCAAGAGUUGGCUGUGGGAUUAUUGGGCUUCAGUCAUCUGUUUAGAGAUUUCGGUUGCUUUUCCUGCUGAAGAACAGUAUUGCAAGUUACAAUGUACUGUUUUUUUUCUUUUCCUGUACCAAAUGAUUAUCAUAGUAACACGGGAAUGAAAAGUUAUUUCUAAAGUAUACAGGAUUUCAUCUCAUCCGAAUUGUUGUUUGAUUUUAGUAGUCGAGAAAUAAAGUUCUCCUUGGAUGAAA